AUGGAAGGAGACGGCAACGCUAGGUCGAGAGCGACACUGGCUUGGGAUCUCGGGGUGCAGUGGGCGCCCGCCGCCUCGGCUGCUUACCCGCAGCAUUUCCUGCCGCCGCCGGGGGUGGCUAGCCAGCAGCAGCACAUGCAGCAGGAGCUCACUAGCCUCAAGCUGGGGAAGCGCCCGUCCAACCUGGCCGGGGGCCAGGUGACUCAGAUGGACGGGAGCGGAGUCGGCGGCGGGCGUGCCGUGGUGGAGGGCAAGAGGAAGGAGAAGGCGGCGGGGGCGACGGCAACGGCGGCCAUGCCGAGGUGCCAGGUGGAAGGGUGCCACAUGGUGCUGGCGGGGGCCAAGGAGUACCACCGGCGGCACAAGGUGUGCGAGGCGCACUCCAAGGCGCCCAGGGUCAUCGUGCACGGCGCCGAGCAGCGCUUCUGCCAGCAAUGCAGCCGCUUCCACGCGAUGGCGGAGUUCGACGACGCCAAGCGGAGCUGCCGGCGGCGGCUUGCCGGCCACAACGAGCGGCGCCGGAAGAGCAACGCCAGCGACGCCAUGGCCAGGGGCUCUGCGCACGCACACGGGGUGGCGUCGUUGGUGCACGGUUUCGUGCCGUACGGCGACCUGCCGACGUCCCCGGCUGGUGCUCUCUCUCUUCUGUCAUCGGCCAGAGCCGCCCCCUGGCUAGUCCCGACGACGCCCGGCGACGUAUUCUCCGCCCGCUCCAGCAGCGCCGCGCUGGACGAGCUCAUCGCCGAGAACCGCGCGGCGCUCCUGGCGUGCCACUUCUUCCCCCAGCGCUCGGCUGGCCGGCCGGCCGCGGCAGAGAUGGCGCCGGCCUGGCACCAAGCGCACCAGCAGGCCCCGCCAGGCCACGCGGUGGUGGGCAAUGGUGCCGGCCGAGACCACGGAGCUCCUCCUCCUCCAGCGGGGCACGUCACGCUCGACCUCAUGCAGGCGCCCGCCACGGCGGGCUUGCCCUUCCGGCCCAUGGCGCAGGGCAGGCCAGCCGAGGACGGCGACGCGGGCCGUGGCUCGGGCGUGUGGACGCCUCUGCAGGGUGCCCACGCCGUCUGA